AUGACAGAUAAAAUUAAUUCAUAUACUGGUUUUAAUGAUUUUAAUCCUUUGUUAGAGACGAAUAGUUUGAAAAAUGAUACUAAUUUACAACAAGCUCUUUUAAAAACUAGUCAUGGUCGACGAGCUCCAUUAACCAAUCAAGCCAGUGGAGCUACAGCUCAAAAAGGUGGAGUUUUUUCUAAAAUAAAAAAUGUAUUUAAUCGACCGAAAGAUACAAAUUUACCUGUACCAUCGAAUAGUUCUGUCGGUCGAUUAGGAACUGCAUCACGUGCUGCUGCUGCUGCUGCUGCUACUCAAAAACAAAAUAUUGCUAUGCAUGCGCCACUUGGUUCAACUUUACGUCGUCCUACUACAGCACAAAAAAGACCAACAACAGCUAUAAAAAGUGCUGGAUUUAUGAUUGGAUCUGGAGCAUUAGGUAGUUAUGUUGCAACAGCAGGAUCAAAUCAAUUUGAAAAGAAAGAAGAAGGUAAUGAUGAAAAAGUACGUAAAAUGGAGAAAAUAAUUUUUGAUCUUGUGGAACAAAGUUGUUUUGCAUAUGAAAAAAAUGAUAAUAAAUUAGCACUUGAAAAAGCCGAAGAAGCAAUGAAACAUGAAAAAAGUCUUAGUCGAUUUCGUGAAGAAAAAAAUAUUGGCGAACCAGAUUUAAGUCUAGCCGGAUUUGUUAUUCUUCAUUGUGCAAAUAUGUUUACAAAAUGUGCUAUGAAUACAGAAGCAAUAAAUCUAUAUAAUUUAAUACUUAAAAAUAAAUUAUUACCUGAACAUGCUCAAAUACGAGUAAAUAUUGGUAAUAUUUUUCUUCGUUCAAAAAAUUAUACAAAAGCUUUAAAAAUGUAUCGAAUGGCACUUGAUCAAAUAUCUGAACAAAAUGCUAAAUUAAAACUUAAAAUUCGACAAAAUAUUGCUGCUACACAUAUUCUAAUGGAUCAAUAUGCUGAAGCAGCUCAAGUUUAUGAAAUAAUAAUGCAAGAACGAGCAACUUAUCUUAGUGGUUUUAAUCUUCUUCUAUGUUAUCAUACAAUGGGUCAACGUGAUAAAACACGACAAGUAUUUAAUAAUUUACUUAAAAUACCAUUUUCAAAUUCUGAAAAUGAUUAUUCAAUAUCUGAAGAUAAACAAGCAAUUCUUGUUUUUGAAGCUAUACGAGAUGAUCGAUUGAGACAAUUAGAACGAAAACGACGACGUUUUGCUGAACAUAUUAUUGUAACAGCAGCUAAAAUUAUUGGUAGCAAUUCUGAUGGAGAUUUUGUUAAUGGUUAUGAAUGGUGUAUUGAACAAGUACGAAAUUCAUCAUAUUUAGAAUUGGUUAAUGGUCUUGAAAUUCAAAAAGCUAUUGCUUAUUUACAUGAAGACAAUUUUCCGAAGGCUAUUGCAACACUUAAACAAUUCGAAAAAGCUGAAGCAAAAUUAGCUAGUGCAGCUGCAACUAACCUAUCACUUUUGCACUUUUUGGAAAAAGAUUUAAAUAAUGCACAUAAAUAUGCAGAUUUAGCUUUAAAAUCUGACAAAUUUAAUCCGGCUUCUUUAACAAAUAAAGGUAAUUGUUGUUUUGCUCAAGGUGAUUAUGAUAAAGCACGAUAUUAUUAUGAAGAAGCACUUAAUAUAGAUGUAGGUUUUGUUCAAGCUCUUCAUAAUCUUAUUCUUACUUUAAUACAUUCAAAUCAAUAUCAACGUGUAAAAGAUCUUCUUCAUAAAUAUAUAGUAAUUCAACCAGAAAAUACACAAAUUUUUUGUUUAAUGGCUCAAGUAUUACAACAGACAAAUGAUAUUGAUCAUGCUAAAAGUUGGUAUUUACAAGCAUUAAGUAUUCAUCGAACAGAUGGACAUUUACAUCGACGAAUAGGUGAAUUAAUUGAUUCUCAAGGUGAUAAAUCAGAUGCAAUACAAUACUAUUUUGAUGCAUAUCGACAUUGUCCAUGUGAUAUUCAAACAUUAGAAUGGUUAGCAUCUCAUUAUAUUGAAGCACAAUAUCCAGAAAAAGCUGUAGAAUUUUGUGCACAAGCAGCUUUAGUCAAACCUGGUGAAAUUAAAUGGCAUUUAAUGGUAGCAUCAUGCCAUCGUCGUAGUGGUGAUUAUGCAGCUGCCAUAGAAAAAUAUAAAUGGAUUCAUCAACAUUUUCCAGAUGAUACUGAUUGUAUUCAAUUUUUAAUUAAAAUUUCUAUUGAUCUUGGUUUACCGGAGCGAGAAAUGUAUGAAAAUGAAUUAAAGAAAGUUAAUAAAAUGAAAGACAUUCAACUUCAACGUAAAACAAAUGCAGAUAAAAGUCAAAAUAUUGUUAAAGGUCGAAAGAUUUCAUCUGCUGAACAAGAAACUCCUCGUAGCAAUCGUAAUCAAACUACUGAUGAUCAUCGAAAACGUACACCAAUUGAUUUAGAUAAUACCAAAGGCGUUUUUUCUCAGCAAGGACCUAUUACAAUUCAUCCUUAUAUUGAUCAAUUUCCUCAACAAAUGACACAUGAACGACCAAAAACUGCUAUUAGUAAAAAAGAAACACAUGCAAUAGUUUUUGAUGACAAUGAUGAUGCAGCUGUACUUUUACCAGACUAA